GUCAAGAAACCAGGAGCACCAUCUCAGACUAGAAGGAAGGCCAUGGCACCUGUAACUCUCCUGCUGCUUUUCCUCUCAGCUCCGGUAACUGUGACUUUUAGAGAGAAGCCCAGGAGGUCAGCUCUGAAUCAGCUGACCAGAACGCUUCUUCGGAACUACAGCAGUGGAGUUCGGCCAGUGAGCAACUGGACCACGCCUACCAUUGUCUACAUUGACUUCAUCCUUCAGGCUGUACUUGAUGUUGAUGGGCAAAACCAGAAAGUAACCACAAGCAUCUGGUAUCGGCAGAUCUGGAAUGACGAAUUCCUAGUGUGGGACCCAGAGGCUUUUGAUGGAAUUAAUGAGAUCUCUUUAUCUUCAGAUGCCAUCUGGGUUCCUGACAUAAUCAUUAGCGAAUUCGUGGAUGUUGGCAGAUCUCCAGAGCUCCCCUACAUUUAUGUGAAUGCCUCUGGGACCAUCAAGAACUACAAGCCCAUCCAAGUAGUGUCUGCCUGCCACUUAGAAAUGUACGCUUUUCCCUUUGAUAAACAGAACUGCACUUUGACCUUUCGAAGCUGGCUCCACACAGUGAAUGAAGUGGAUUUGGUGUUAUGGAGAAGUUCUGAAGAAAUUGCAACUGACAAGAGGACCUUCAUGAAUGAUGGAGAAUGGGAGCUCAUCUCUAUUCCUUCUAGAUAUGAACAGCUGUAUAUGGAAAACAAGGAGUAUGCACAAAUUCAGUUUAAUGUAGUAAUCCGCAGACGCCCCUUGCUGUACGUGGUCAGCUUACUUAUCCCCAGCAUUUUCCUGAUGGUUGUAGACGUGAUAAGCUUCUACUUGCCCCCAAACAGUGGCAUGAGAAUCACCUUCAAGUCCAGCAUCCUGCUGGGCUACACGGUGUUCCGAGUCAACAUGUCUGAUGAACUUCCAGCAACGGCUACUAAAACACCACUCAUUAGUAUAUUCUUUGCUGUCUGCAUGGUCCUUCUGGUUCUCAGCCUGGCGAAGUCCAUCUUAGUUGUCAAAUUGCUGCAUCACAAUGAUGAAACCAUGAAAGAGAUGUCAGUGUCUGCUUGCCUACUGGACAAGUUUGGAUCCUCCAGCCAGAGCGUUCUUGAGAGCUCCUUCACUUCUGUGAAAACGCUAGAUGAUGUAGAUCAGUGUGGAGGCUACGACUUUGACUUUUCCCCAGAGGAAGAAGAGGAAAUCUCCUUCCACAGAGCGCGAGACAGCUGUCCUAUGUUAGAGAAGGUCCUGCAGGAGAUCAUUUCCCUCAAGUAUUACCUGUACCAAGAGGACGAAGCUGGGAACAUGAAGUCGGAGUGGUUGGGCCUGUGUUACAAAGUGGACAAGAUCCUGUUCCGUCUGUAUCUGUUCAUCCUUGGCAUCUACACCAGCACUCUAGUUUUCCUUUGGAUAGCAUGGAGCUCCCCCUAA